AAGUUGGAGAGUGAGCUAGAGAGUGAGAUGGAGAAGAAGUUGGAGAGUGAGCUAGAGCGUGAGCUAGAGAGUUAGAGCGUGAGAUGGAGAAGUUGGAGAGUGAGCUAGAGCUAGAGAGUGAGCUAGAGCAUGAGAUUGAGAAGUGGGCGAGUGAGCUAGAGCGUGAGAUGGAGAAGAAGUGGGAGAGUGAGCUAGAGCAUGAGAUGGAGAAAAGGCUGGAGAGUGACCUAGAGCGUAGAGAGCUAGAGCGUGAGAUGGAGAAGUUGGAGAGUGAGCUAGAGCAUGAGAUGGAGAAGUUGGAGAGUGAGCUAGAGCUAAAGAGUGAGCUAGAGCGUGAGAUGGAGAGGAAGUUGGAGAGUGAGCUAGAGCGUGAGAUGGAGAAGUUGGAGAGUGAGCUAGAGCUAGAGAGUAAGCUAGAGCAUGAGACUGAGAAGUUGGAGAGUGAGCUAGAGCGUGAGAUGGAGAAGAAGUGGGAGAGUGAGCUAGAGCAUGAGAUUGAGAAGUUGGAGAGUAAGCUAGAGCGUGAGAUGAAGAAAAAGCUGGAGAGUGAGCUAGAGCGUAAGCUAGAGAGCUAG